CUCUGAUAAAACCUGAGAACUAUUUAACAAACACAUCACUUGCUUCUUUCUCUUAUGUCUCAUGCAAUGACCUCCUCCAUUAUUUGCAACUCUUUCAUUCUACUCUCCUUACUUCUCUGCACAAAUUCAUGGGCUCUAACACCACUCACCAAGACUUCAUCACAUUCUCCUCUGAACCUCACUUCUAUCAACUCUCUCUGCAACUCCACACCUCACCCUCAUCUUUGCUUUGACUCCUUCAAACUCUCCAUCUCCAUCAAUAUCCCCACCAACAUUAUUUCAUUCCUCCUCCACUCCCUCCAAUCAACCUUGUCCGAGACCGCCAAGCUUUCGGAUUUAUUCUCCAAUGUCAAUACCAGAACCACCAACAUUAUUGAGAAACAAAAGGGUACAAUCCAAGACUGUAAAGAGCUCCAUGAGAUAACUCAUGCUGCUGUACAGAAGUCGGUUUCAAAAAUUAGUACUGGCAAAAGUAGCGAUACAAGUAGCUUAGUCGACGUUAGAGCUUACCUCAGUGCAGCUCUAACGAACAAGAACACUUGUUUAGAAGGCCUGGAUUCUGCAUCCGGGCCUUCUAAACAAGCUUUGGUGGAUUCAAUCAUCACCACUUAUCAACAUGUUAGCAAUUCAUUAUCCAUUGUCUCAAAGUCUAAGCAAGGCCGUAAGAAACAAGAAGCAUUAGGCCAUCAUAACCGUCGCCUUUUAGGCCUUCCAGAGUGGUUGUCAGAUAAGGAUCGAAGAAUUCUGCAGGCUGAUUAUGAACCACCAACAGAAGUAGUACUUACAGUGGCUGCUGAUGGCUCUGGAAACUUUACGACUAUCAGUGAAGCUAUCGAUUUUGCUCCAAACAAUAGCAUAGAUAGCAGAAUUUUCAUUUACAUUAGCCAGGGCAUUUAUGCCGAAAAUAUUGACAUUCCCAGUUACAAACCAAAUAUUGUCCUGCUCGGAGAUGGAAGUGAUGUCACUUUCAUCACCGGAAACAGAAGUGUAGGUGAUGGAUGGACUACAUUCCGAUCUGCUACCGUAGCAGUCUCUGCAGAGGGAUUUCUGGCACGGGACAUUACCAUUGAGAACACGGCUGGGCCAAAGAUGCAUCAAGCGGUUGCUCUUCGUAUCAAUGCAGAUUUGACAGCAAUGUACAGGUGCACCAUCAAUGGUUACCAAGAUACACUAUACAGUCAUUCGUUUCGACAAUUUUACAGAGAAUGUGACAUAUAUGGCACUAUAGACUACAUAUUUGGCAAUGCAGCUGUGGUCUUUCAAGGUUGUAAUAUUGUCUCAAAAAUGCCAUUGCCGGGACAAUUCACUGUCAUAACAGCUCAGUCCCGAGAGACGCUAGAUAUGGAAACUGGAAUGGCACUGCAGAAUUGUUCAAUUUUAGCUACAGAGGACUUGUACACAAAUUCUAGUCGCGUCAAGAGCUAUCUAGGAAGGCCAUGGAAAGUGUACUCACGAACCGUCUAUAUAGAGUCCUUCAUUGAUGAUUUUAUUAGCCCAGAAGGGUGGACAAAAUGGACUGAUGACAACGGCCUAGACACACUGUAUUACGGUGAAUAUGAUAACAAUGGACCUGGUUCUGCAACGGACAACAGAGUUACUUGGCCAGGGUAUCACAUAAUGGAUUACUACGACGCCUCCAAUUUUACAGUAUCAGAUUUUAUUGCUGGUGAGGAGUGGCUUGAUUCUACAUCAUUCCCGUAUGAUGAUGGAGUUUAAUCAAAGUUUGUGAUAAUGUAUCGGCCUUGUGUUUAAGUCCGGGUAUAUAUUUCUGCAGUUUAUAUGCA